AUGACGAGAACACGUAAUAGCAAUGGCAGACACGUAAGAGAAUUAAGUUCUAUUCCCGAUAAUAGGGUGUUGGAUAAUGUUUCUGUUGUGCUUCAGUCCAUGGAUUUGAGUGGUCCAGAGGAAUGCUCUAAAACGUAUCCUUUAAUCCUCCAAAACUGUCGGAAGUUUGAUAGAGCUGAAUUGGGGUUUCAAAUUCAUGCUCAUAUGAUUGUUUCUGGGGUGGAGCUCUGUGCAUUUCUUGGGAGCCAACUGCUUGAAUUUUAUUGCAAGCUUGGAGUUCAGCCUGAUCGCUACAUCUUUCCCAAGAUUUUUAAAGCAUGCUCUGAGUUGAAGAAUUAUCAAAUGGGGAAGGAUGUGCAAGAUUACGUCCCCAAAAAUUGGAUUGAUUUUACUAGGCGUUUGUUCAAUGAGAUGGAGUAUAAGGAUGUUGUGCUAACGCAGAUGGUGGUUGAAGGGGUGAAACCAAACGCAAUUACCAUUGCUAGCAUUGUUUCAGCCUGUACAAAUUUUCUUUUGCUUCGAUAUGGUAAAGAGAUCAAUGGCUAUUGCAUAAAAAGGGAGGAAUUGGACUCAGAUGUACUGGUGGGAAAUUUAUUGGCAGAUUUGUAUACUAAAUGCCAAGCUUUGGUGGUUGCCAGUAGGAUAUUCAAAAGAAUCAAGCAGAAGGAUUUGGUAUCUUGGAAUGGUCUCAUUACCGGUUAUACCCACUACCAUGGACAUCCCCGCCAACAAGCUCGCAUUGAGUCCCCGCCAACUGCCGUUCCAGAGCCCGAGGAGCCAUCAACCGCCGAGCAGCCUCCAGUGAUAAACCUGGUCGAGGAGGAAUCAGGCAAGCUCUCCCCACCCUACGCGCCCGAGGAGGCUAUCUCUUCGGAGCCUGCCCCGGUGAAUUUCACCAUCCACGCCUUGGCUUAUCAGUCCGAUGUGAACUUGUAUCAGGCCCUCGCAGCUGAGGAGUCUUCCCGCAAGGCCUACGCCGAGCUGAACUUAGCCCAUAAUGAAAAUAACUAG